AUGAUGAGCUUGCUGCUGGUCGCUGCGCACGCUGCGCACGCUGCGCCGCCCGUCGGCUUCGAGGCAGCAUGGCGAAGGGCUGCGGUAACGUUUGCUCAGCACAUCCAGCCCGACAUGAGCGAGGCCAACAAGAAGGAAUUACAGGAAGGCCUCGCUACCACUGAUCCAAAACCGCCGCUUGCGCGCUGGGCUGGCCCUUCAACGCAUCCCUCGGUUGGGCGUGCGUCCAGCGUCUACUAUGUCGCGCCAGCACCGAUGAGCUGUAGUGACUCGAGCGCAGGCUCAGAGGCCGCGCCAUUCUGCUCAAUUCUGAAGGGUGUCCAGGCGUGCAGGGCUGCCUCUGACUUGUGUGCCGUCUUCCUGCGCGGAGGCGUGCAUCGCCUGAAGGAGCCUAUCCUACUUGGUCCGAGCGAUUCCAACCUCACCAUCGCCGGCUAUCCCGGCGAAGACGCUGUCGUCUCAGGCACGACUCCACUGGCCGUCUCUGCGUGGCAGAAGGUGUCGGAUGUCGCGGCCACCACAAUCUGGAAGGUGCCAGUAACUACGCGCCCUGCGGCGAUAGAGACUCUGCUCGUUGACGGCGUGCGCGCGAUCCCGGCCCGUUACCCGAACGCCAACCCAGAGCUCGAUCGCUUCCCCAUCGGCUACAUCCAGUCAUCGACGAAGUGGAGUGCUCCAGCCGAGCUGGGUAUGCCGAGCUUCAUCGAGUACAAUGACACCGCCACCUUCCGCCCGUCGUACCGCUCGCUCUUCAAGGACUACCGCGGAGGCGUCGGCGGGCAGUGCUCAGUAUACGACCCUCCGUUCUCGUACUGGUGCGCCCAGAGGCCCGAAGGUGGCGGUGCCUCCGAGUUCCAGCUGCCGUCCGGUCUCUCUUUCACCCCAUCUCAGCUGCCGUCCGCACCUUACAAGAACGUCUCCGGCGGCCGUAUCACGGCGUGGCGGCCGGGGCACUGGGCCAACUGGCAGUUCGAGCUCAAUGGAAGCAAGGCAAAGAAAGCUGGCACCGAGCUCACCUUCGGAAAGGGCGGCUUCCAGGGGGGUCGCGGGAACAACGCGCGCGGCGCCGAGUGGUUCAUCUCUCACCUGCACGAGGAGCUCGACUUUCCGAGCGAGUACUGGUACGACGCGGACAAUGCCAUGCUCUACUUCGUAUCGGGCACCGGUACGCUCGAUUGCAAAGGCGAUCCCAACUGCAACGCCACGCGAACACAGGUGCCUCCCGUGGGUGGUUCCAAGCCGCCCGCCUUCGAGGUUGCCCAUCUCAAGACGCUCUUCCGGCUACAGGGCACGCAGGCCGCGCCAGUGACACACGUCACCCUCUCGGCGCUCACGUUCACCGGUGCGGCGAUGACGUUCCUCGACCCACAUGGUGUACCAUCGGGAGGCGAUUGGGCACUGCAGCGGUCAGCGGCGCUCUUCCUGGAAGGGACGGUGAACACGACCGUUGAAGCUUGCAACCUCGUCCGGCUUGACGGCAACGCGAUCAUGCUGAGCGGAUUCAACGGAUAUGCUAACAUUUCGCACAACACCAUCCUCAGCACUGGUGCGACUGCCAUCGCGCUGUGGGGCUACACGAACGGGACACACCCACUCCAGCCAGUUGGCACCGGCCCCGAUGGAACCGAAGGUAACUUCCCACGCUACACGACCGUGCACGGCAACUUCAUUCGGCACCUCGGGAUCCACGAGAAGCAGAGCUCGUGCCUCUUUCAGGCCAAGUCGGCGCAGACAUUCGUGUCGAACAACAUCUGCUUCGACGUGCCGCGCGCCGGCUUCAACCUGAACGACGGCUUCGGAGGCGGCAAUAACAUCUCCUUUAACUUGCUCUUCCAGACAUGCGGCGAGUCGGGCGACCAUGGCGCCCUCAACACGUGGGACCGCCAGUCAUUCAUCACGACUGUGCGCGAUGGCACGCCUUCAAUUGUGCCCGCCAUGACUGCCAUCCAUCACAACUUCAUCGUCGCCGACUACGAUGCUGACGGUGGCAUGGUCGACAACGACGACGGCAGCUCCUUCUAUGAUGAGUACGCCAACUUCGGAGUCUACGGCGGUGCGAAGAUGGCCAACUUCGACGGGCACGGCAAGAUCUCGCACGGCAACGUCUUCGCGUUUCCCAAUGUGUACGGCAAGUCGUGCUUCUGGAAUUGGCCCGGUUGGUUCCCAACCGAGGGUCACUGGGAGCGCUUCUUCAACAACACCUGCAUUAUGGACGGGCCCGGCCAGAAUUACAUUUCGAUGCCCAAUUCGUGCACAUUCGGUAACUCCUCGACUGUGCACGUCAUUGCGCAGGAUAAUAAGGUCUUUGCUCCCAACGCCGAUGCCGUCGUGAGCGGUUGCGGCUCGCAGUUGCCGUUUGCCGAAUGGAUGAAGCUUGGUGUCGAUCAAGGCUCCACGCUUGCAGCUCUCCCGUCAAACGCCGAGGUGAUUGCAAUGGGUGCAGCCGUGCUCGGGGUGCCACUAACGUCUUCUGCUGUUGCGUGA